AUGACUGCUAUUACCCGCCGUAAGUGUUACCUGGGGACCCCUCCGCCGCCACGCCCCGGGGGACUCCGCACAGUCCCUCCCUUCCCUCCUUCCCACCUCCCUCAGGCCGCGCCCCACAUCCUUGCACCCUCUCUCAGGUUCCCGAGCCUAAAAAGUAGGUUAGAGAAGGAUAUAUGCAGGCCGGACACAGCCCAGUCUGGCCGCGGUGACAUGGGGGACCUGGGGAGUGUCCUCAGCAGCCACCCAGGGUCUGUAGGGACCUUCUCGCUGCACCACACUCUGGGAGCAAGACCUUGUGCAGAGGAGCAGGAGCAAAGCAGCGCCUGCAGCAAGAUCAAGACGAUGAUUUCUUCAUCAAGUGAUGACUCUGAAGACAGCAAGUUUCCCAGUGACCUGUCAGAAGACUCUAGUGGAGAGUCGUCGUCUGUAACUCUUCCACAGAAGGAGAGCAAGAUUCCUUCAUCAACCUCUCGCAGCAACAACAGGAUCAGUAAACGAAAUGUAUGCCACUGCACAGUGGCGCCCAGCAGGCGUCCCUUGCCACCUCUCACUGGCACCUGGCGCCGGAGGAGCCCGCGCCUCGCCGACAGGCGUCACUACACCCUGCUCCACGACUCGCAUAACAAGCCACCAGGCCCCAUCGCACGCCAGCAACAAGAAACGGCCAUGGCUCCACCGGACACCGCCUCCCCAGCUCCCCCCUUCAGGGCUCCAGCCUUCAACAGCCACGACCCCAACAUGUGGUUUACCAUCUUGGAGCUGAACUUCAAGGCAAACAACAUCACUGAGGCCUUGAAACAGUUCACUCACGCCUGCACUCUCCUGCCACCCGAGGUCCUCUUGCAAGUCUCGGACGCCAUCGCGAAAGCCCCCUCUUCGGACAAUCCCUACGACGACCUCAAGCAAGCCGUCCUCAAACGCCUUGCGUCGUCGGUGUCGACACGCUUGCAAGAGCUACUAAAGAAGGAGGAGCUGGGGAAUGAAAAGCCAUCAGAUCUGCUUAGGCGGAUGAAGAGGUUGUUGGGCGAUCAGCCCAACACAAUGGACAAGACCAUGUUCGCCCACCUCUUUUAUCAGCGACUUCCUCCAGCACUACAGAGCAGCUUAUUCAGCGUGAAAGAUAAGCUCGACCUAGCAGACCUCGCGCAGCUGGCUGACGACUAUAUGUCGACAGUUCCGUCGGCAACGCCACCGUCUUCAGUCGCCACUGUCACUAACACAGCAGACGUCCAGCAACUCACCCACAUUGUGUCGCAGCUGGCCCUGCAGCCCAAGUCACAGCUACUUCACGUCUACGACCGACGCACCGGAAUUAAGUUCCUCGUCGACACCGGCGCUGAGGUCAGUGUCCUGCCUGCCACAGACAGCCAGAAGAGGUUGCCUGUAACCACGCACCUCUAUGCAGCCAACGCCUCGAAAAUCCCUGUGUACGCGCGGCAGACACUACACCUCGAACUCAACCUCCGCCGCUCCUUCGACUGGACCUUUUACGUGGCAGCUGUGACCCAACCCAUCCUAGGCGCCGAUUUCCUACGCCACCACGACCUCCUAGUCGACUUGAAGCACGGCACGCUGCUGGAUCGUCUCACUUCCCUGCGGACCCGUGGCCGAACGGCACCUGGCGAGAGCACCGGAAUCUCCGCAGUCUGCCGAGAUAACCCCUUCGCCGCCAUCCUCAAGGGUUUCCCAACACUAACACAGCCAUACUCAGCCACGCAGCCAGUGAAACAUCACGUCCUGCACUACAUAGAGACCACCGGACCACCUGUUUUCGCCAAGGCUCGUCGCUUAGCACCAGAACGCUACAAACAGGUCAGGGCCGAGUUUGAGUCUCUGAUGCAGCAAGGCAUCAUCCGCCCAAGCUCCAGCAACUGGUCGUCUGCGCUUCACGUCGUCCCCAAGAAAAACGGUGACAUACGCCCUUGCGGGGACUACAGAGCCCUAAACUCCCGCACCGAGAUGGACAGGUAUCCAGUGCCUAACAUUCAGGAGUUUUCCUCACAACUGCACGGCUCUACAAUUUUCUCCAGGAUCGACCUCGUAAAGGCCUUCCAUCAGAUCCCCAUCAACCCCGAGGACAUCCCGAAGACGGCCAUAAUCACGCCCUUCGGACUAUAUGAAUACACUAGGAUGCCCUUCGGUCUCAAGAACGCUGCUCAAACAUUCCAGCGCUUCAUGGACGAAGUUUUGCGAGGACUGCAGUUCUGCUUCACUUACGUCGAUGACAUUCUUGUUGCCAGCCCAGACGACGCUGCUCAUCGCCAACACCUCGAGCAAGUCUUCACUCGUCUGAAGGACUACGGCAUCCAGGUCAACGCCGACAAGUCCGUGUUCGGCGUGCCUUCAGUCGACUUCCUCAGCCACACUGUGUCCUCCUCAGGCUUCACCCCAACUGCAAGUCGCUGUACUGCCAUCCAGAAUUUCCCGAAGCCCACAACUCAGCGCCAGUUGAAGCAGUUCCUCGGGAUGCUGAACUAUUACAACAGGUUCAUUCCCCGAUGCGCGCUCCUCCUCCAGCCUCUCUACGCCUUAGUGAAGCCAGCCAAACGAGGCCAGUCCGUCACCCUUGCCUGGACGCCCGCAGCUGAGGACGCUUUCCUCGCUGCCCGGAAGGCGCUCACAUCCACAGCGCUCAGUUUCCCUGCCCCAGACGCCCCUACUUCCAUCGCCACGGACGCCUCCGACACCGGAGUUGGAGCAGUGCUACAGCAGCACAUCGACGGUGCCUGGAAACCCGUCGCCUUCUUCUCCAAGAAACUCAACACUGCCGAGAAGAAGUACAGCGCCUUCGACAAAGAGCUCCUCGCCAUCUACAAGGCAUUGAAGCACUUCCAGUACUUUGUCGAAGGACGUCAGUUUCAUAUCUACACUGACCACAAGCCGCUGACGAGCACCUUCAUCAAGAACAAGUCAUCCUACUCACCACGUCAACUGCGCCACGUAGACUUCAUCUCUCAGUUCACCACGGACCUCCGUUACGUGAAAGGUGAAGAUAACGCCCCAGCCGAUGCCCUGUCACGCAACAUCUGUGCCACAUCUACCUCUCUCAUCGAUUACGCCGCCAUUGCUGCCGAUCAGGCCGACGACGCCGAGCUGCAGCAACUGAAAGAAAACGCCGCACUACAGAUGAAGAGAGUACAGCUACCAGGCACUCAAGUGCACAUCUACGCUGACGUCUCGACCAACACCGUCAGACCAUACCUGCCUCAACGGCACAGGUAUCCACUCUUCCGUCAGCUGCACGACCUCUCACAUCCUGGCAUCAGAGCUUCACAACACAUGAUGACGUCCCGAUUCAUCUGGACCGCCAUCAACAAGGACGUGAGAGACUGGACACGUAGGUGCACCACCUGUCAGGCCUCCAAGGUGACGCGACACACACGCUCCCCUACAGCCACCUUCACGCCAGUCUCCACACGCUUCGAACACGUCCAUAUCGACCUCGUUGGCCCUCUUCCUCACUCCGACGGCUGCCGCUACAUCCUCACCUGUGUCGACCGCUUCACUCGCUGGCCAGAAGCUGCACCGCUGACUGACAUCUCCACUGACACCGUUGCACGUGCCUUUAUCAGCACGUGGAUCUCACGCUUCGGUGUUCCUGUCAGCCUCACUUCUGACCGCGGCGGCCAGUUUGAGUCCAGUGUCUGGAACAAACUGAUGACACUACUCGGCAUUCGACGGUACAGGACUGCCAGCUACCAUCCUCAGGCCAACGCUACAGUGGAACGUUUCCACCGCCAGCUGAAGUCGUCACUGAUGGCUUCCAGCGACCAACGCGAGAAGUGGAACGCCACCUUACCCCUCGUCCUCCUCGGCAUCCGGACGUCCCUCAAGCAGGACCUUCAUCACUCUUCUGCCGAGCUCGUAUACGGCACCACUCUUCGACUCCCUGGCGAGCUCCUUACCAGCUCACCCGACGCCGGCCCCUGCAGCGUCCAAGACUUCGCCAGCAGUCUUAAGGAGUCGAUGAGAAGCCUGCAGCCGGUGCAACCUCGCACGCACCCCGCCAAGACCUUCGUCAGCCAGGACCUCGAAGACUGCACACACGUCUUCGUCAGGGUUGACGCUGUCCGUAAACCACUACAGCGCCCCUACGAAGGCCCCUUCGAGGUCCUCCGCAGGACGAGGAAAAACAUCACCAUCAACAGAAACGGCUCUUCCGACGUCAUAGCCAUAGACCGAGUCAAGCCCGCCUACAUCCUGCACACCCCGACGGCACCUCACGACCCGACAUCGCUGGCCACGCCUUCAGCACCACGCGCCACAGCUAAGCAGCACAUCGCUAGCACCACCCACCCACACUCUGAGGACCUGGCAGGGACAGUCUUCCAAGCGACAGGCAGGCGUUUCACACGGCCUCACAAUGCUGACCUACACACUGCGGCGCCACCCUCCUCCCGGGACCUGGGCUGGGGACGAGAAUACCUGAGUGAGGAGGGCGGGAGCGAGGCAUGGCUGAGACACGCCCCGACACCUCAUCAGCCUCCAGGAAAGACGGACAGCAGGCCCUCACAGCCCCUCACAGGCCCUCCCAGCCCCUCACAGCCCGCCAAGGAGGGUGGAGUCAAAAGCUUCUCGUCUCCUCGAUUCCUCUCCUCUAACAGUCUUGAUUCCCUCGCUCACCGCCGCAGUGUUGCAUCUCUUACCAUGGUCUACCGAUAUUUCCAUGGUUACUGCUCCUCUGAACUUGCUAACUAUCUACGUACCUGCUCCUAUCCUGCGGCUUCACUGCACAAGACUACUUACUCUCCUCCAGAACCUUCACUCUUUCAUCUCUAUUACAGACCUGCACAGGAGCGUCCCAGGCAGAGGAAGAAGCUGAGCAGCCACCAUAAAGAGGAACAUCUUACGCCCUCACACCGCCACACCUUUGUCUUCUCCUACGACGCCUGCAUCCUGGUGCCGCGGACUUCAGAAUAA